GUGAGACCAUAGACAAACAUUUCCUCCCGUAAGAAAAGGGAAUGCAGGAAAAGUGCAGCUAGCAGAUAAUAUAUCACCAUCUUCUGAAACAAACAAAUAAUGCAAUCGGAGUUACAAAACACAGUUGAUGGGGCUUUGUAAAAAUGCAAAACAGAAAGAAGAGAGGAAACCCUCUCUUGAUAACAGGAAACGAAAAAAAGGCAUUUUGAUAUAUAAUUAAUUAGUUUUAAAAGCAAAGAUGGGAAGCAUGGAAAAUGUAGCAAUAAUCGGAGGAUUGAUUGGAAUCCAAGUUAUCUACGCAGGGAACGCCGUGCUGAUGAGCUAUUGCAUGUCAUUGGGCCUCAGCGUUCUCACCAUUAUCAUUUUCACUUCCUUCGCUACGUUCCUUAUGCUCUUCCCCAUUGCCUUUUAUUUUGAAAGGAGUAAGUGGCCCAAAAAUUGGAGUUUCAAGUUUAUUAUGCACCUAUCAUUUCUUUCAUUUGGAGGAUUAGCUUUUCAGUCUUUAUUCCUCAAAGGAAUCAAUCUAACUUCGCCAGCAAUGGGAACCGCCAUGCCAAACCUUGCCCCAGGUCUUAUUUUCAUCAUCGCAUGGACUUUUGGGUUAGAGAAAGUCAACUUAAGCAACAAUCUAAGCAAAAUUAAAAUCUUUGGGACAUUGCUUUGUGUUGUGGGAACUCUCACAAUGAGCAUAAUGCAAAGCAUUUCUGCACCUGCAACUGAGAUAAAGGAUACCACAGUUCAAUUAUCAUCGACACCAUCAGAUUUCAUCUUUGAAAUGCAGAAGAUAAUCGGUUGCCUCUAUCUCAUGGCUGCAGUCAUAAUAUUGUCAAGCAAUGUUGUCCUCCAGGCUUUUGUUCUUGGAGAUUUUCCUGCACCAAUGUCCUUGAGUGCAAUCACAUCAUUGUUUGGAGCUUUCAUGACUACAAUAGUGCAAUUAAUUGAAGAACGUGACUUGAAAAUCGGUUGGCAAAUCGUGAGUUUAGGAGACAUGAUUGCCUAUUCUGUUCUGGCAGGUGCAGUAAGCGGAAUAAGCCUAAGCUUCAACGGGUGGGCACUUAAGAAAAGAGGACCAGUCUUUGUCUCCAUGUUUAACCCCAUUGGAACUGUUUGCUCUGUCAUUUUCUCUGUCAUUUCUCUGGGAGAAACUAUUAAUAUUGGAAGCCUUGGAGGCAUGCUCAUCAUGUUCACUGGGCUUUAUUUAGUUCUUUGGGCCAAAGGGAAAGAAGGAUACACAGAUGGAGAUGUCUUAAAGUAAGCUUGAAAUAGCUGCUCUCUUGAUGUAUUUGUGACAAAGGGCAUUCCUAAGAGUAUAAUAAGAAGAGGUGGUUCAAAGUCUCCAGAUCUGUUAAAUGAAACAAGACAUAGAUUUUUCCUCUUUCUCUUUUUGGAAUAUAUGAGUGGCAUUUGUUGAAAAGUGAGAAAUAGGAAAAACAGACAAUAUGUACAAAAGAAUAUGAUGUAUGAAGAGAUGAGAACAGAGAGCGAGAUAGAGAGAUGUGGUGUGUGAAUGAAGAAAAAAUUAGAUGUAGAAAAAUUAUAAAUUUAUGUGUUCUCAUAGUCUAUUCAAGAUAUUCAUUGAAGUCUAGUGGCUGAAAUAUUAGUGAAAUAUCAGUACGGCUGCUUCCAUCUAAAAUUGCAAAUAGACUUCUCAACACUUCCCCCAAUAAAAAAAUUUCA